UGCAUUUGUUGUUUAUGUGUCGCUUCACUGAAGGCCGCAGCUGAGAGAGACGAAGGUGACAGGCGAAAUCUGGUUCCAUCUUGGUGUGAAUGAUCGCAGCUACCGGCCGUUACUCUCAGUCGUAUAUUUUAGGGUCUUUGGAAGAUGGCAAGCCAAGAUGGGAAGUUGCCAACGUCGGAUAGAGUACUCAAAACUGUUCCUAUGCCACCGAUCGAACGCCUCGCGAUCAGCGAUGUUUUCGACACGAAUGGAAAACCAAAAGCCGAUGUGUUGAAGAGUCAUUUCUUAAAAGAGGGAAGAGUAGAAGAAGAGGUUGCUCUUAAAAUCAUACAGGAUACCACGGAACUUUUACAAAGAGAGCCUACGAUGCUGGAUGUCGAAGCACCUAUAACAGUUUGUGGUGAUAUUCACGGUCAGUUUUACGAUUUAAUCAAAUUAUUCGAAGUCGGAGGAUCACCAAGUUCGACAAGAUACUUAUUUCUUGGAGAUUACGUGGACAGAGGGUAUUUUUCAAUCGAGUGUGUUUUAUACCUAUGGGCGUUAAAACUCCUUUAUCCCAAUACUCUCUUUAUGCUCCGUGGAAAUCACGAAUGUCGUCACUUAACAGAAUACUUCACCUUCAAAACAGAAUGCAAGAUCAAAUACACAGAAAAAGUGUAUGAUGCUUGCAUGCAGUCAUUUGAUUGUCUUCCUUUGGCUGCUCUGAUGAACAGACAAUUUCUCUGUGUGCAUGGUGGAUUGUCCCCAGAGAUCUAUAGCCUAGAUGACAUAAGAAAGAUUGAUAGAUUCACUGAGCCCCCAGCCUUUGGUCCAAUGUGUGAUCUUCUGUGGUCUGAUCCUUUGGAAGAUUACGGCAAUGAGAAAAACAGCGAGCAUUACAGUCACAACACAGUCAGAGGGUGUUCAUACUUCUACAGUUACCAGGCAACCUGCGAUUUCCUUCAAAAGAAUAACUUGCUUUCAAUAAUCAGAGCACAUGAAGCACAGGAUGCUGGGUACCGAAUGUACAGGAAAAGUCAAGAAACUGGGUUUCCAUCUCUCAUCACAAUUUUUUCAGCUCCCAAUUAUCUGGAUGUCUACAAUAACAAAGCCGCUGUAUUGAAAUAUGAAAAUAAUGUGAUGAAUAUCCGACAGUUCAACUGUUCUCCUCAUCCUUACUGGCUUCCAAAUUUUAUGGAUGUUUUUACAUGGUCUUUGCCGUUUGUUGGGGAGAAAGUCACCGAAAUGCUUGUGAAUAUUCUUAAUAUUUGCACUGAUGAAGAACUUGAAGGAGAGGAAGAUGAAGAACAAAGUGAAGCCAUCAAAAGGAAAGAAGUUAUACGCAGCAAAAUACGAGCCAUUGGUAAAAUGGCAAGAGUGUUCACUGUGCUCAGAGAGGAAAGUGAGAGUGUAGUGCAACUGAAAGGACUCACUCCUUCAGGACACUUGCCUGUUGGACUUCUGUCUGGUGGCAAACAAGGGCUUCAGAGUGCUUUACAAGGGCAAGUAUUUAGCCCCAAUCACAAAAUCAGUGGCUUUGCUGAAGCCAAGGGACUUGACCAGGUGAAUGAAAGAAUGCCACCCAGGAAGGACUUACCAGUACAACCAGGGACAAAGUGAUACCACAGACAGACCAAACAUUCCCAAACCUUGGAGACUCAUCAUCAACCAUUAGUAUUGUAGUAUAAUAUUAUUAUUACCUAUGUGAAUAUCUGUAUAAAAUAGUAAAAUCUGCUUUACAAAAAGCUCACUAAUAAACAAUGUUUGGAUGUAAUAUUUAAGUAAAAUUUGUGUUGCAAUGAUAACUAGGUUAGCCCCUUCCUUUUCGUGCUGGCAUUUUCUGCUAGGUUGGCUCAGCAUAGAAAGUGAUAAAGAACUAUGGAGCUCUGUUCUGUGGUAUUCCUGUCUUUUGGGAUGUCCCAGUGGCUAGUAUGUAAUCAUUUCUGCUCCAAUCAUUCAUACAAACUCCAAGGCUAUGAUUUCCUGGUAUAUAAUUAUACAGUGUAUAAAUCAUAUCUAUUGUAGGUAGGAUGUGGAGAUGACUUCGUUCAAUUUUGUUUUUUAUUUCAUUUUAAGGUGGCUAUAUUUUCACCUACUCAGCCUAAAGACCAUAAUACUGAUUCUCUUCCCAGAUUUCUGUACAAAAACUAUCUCAUGCUGUAAGAAUUUGUGGUAAAUCAGACAAUAUCCCCUUGUUGCUUAUAAAAUAAGUUUGCCAUUAUAGUGUCCUAGAAUGUAAAAUUUAUUGAGAAAUUGUGGGUUUUGAUUGUAAUUUUUUGUAUUUAUAUGCUUUGAAAUUUGUCUUCUGGAAAGGAGAAUUUUUUCCACCACUAGUUUUAAAUCUUUACAAGGCAAUAUUCACGUGGCUGUUAUAUGGAAAAGAAAUGCUGCUCAUGGAGAUAUGUGUGACAGUAGUGGUGAGUGUGGCCCCCCUGUCUAUAAAGGGAGAAACUUUGUUUUGAUCUCAUAAGCCAGGUACCUCUAUCAACUCUUUAACUACCAAGAUCUGAUUGUCAAUUCUCCCUCCCAGCUGUAACAAAUUUCCUUGUGAAUUAGUUUUGAGAAUUUGGUGUUAGAUCAAGAGAAAUUCACUUGGAGCCUGACAAAUCGGAGUAUUUUCAUUAUCUGUUUGUUAGGUUAUGUACAGAUAUUUUAGGGAGAGGUUACAUGUUCAUCAUCUCUGGGAAUUAAAAAGCUAAGUGACUAGUCAAGACUUUUAUUUAUGGAAAAUCCUCCAACAGUUUGCUACUUGCAGUUUCUUUGAUCACAUCGUCCAUAUAAUUUUGAGAUUUGUUGGAUACUUGUAUAAAAAAGAAAUGACACUUUGUUUCCAGAUAUAAUCAUAAAUAAGUGAUUUCAGAGCUUAAAUUGAAAUCUCAAUCAUCAUCCCUGAAAUUAAGCUUCAAGACAGUAUGGAAACAGCUGCCCACUAUUUAGCAAAUUCAAUUUUCCACGUCAAGUCCUCCUGUGUAUUAUGUUUUUAAUCGUGGAAGAAUAAAUAUGUUUUGUGAAUGUUAUGCCUGAUGGGAGACGAUCUAUGCUUGCUUAUAUAAAGCAUUAUGGCCCAAAAAAUAGUUGUAACGGAAUUAUGUAAUGUAGGCGUAGACAUUUUAUUUAUGAUUUUAAAGCGAAGUAAAACUAUAAGUAACUGGUUUGAAUUAAAUAUCUUAUGAUGAAGAAAA